AUGACCAACUGCAGUGACUUUUUCGUAUCCUGUGAGUUCUCUUUGAGGCCGAUCGACUGCUGCAAAUAUUUUUUACCCCUCACCACUCCACAUGGAAACUGCUUUAUGUUCAACUCGCUUUUAAAUAAUAAGAAAGGGAGUCCCACUUGGUACAAUAAUGAAAUUGACCCGCUAACAGAUAUCGCUAAAAUGAAAAUAAUUACAAAGAAACCGACGCAGUUCUUGUUUCCAACACAGCUGUCCGUCCUCAACGAGGAAGAUGUACCUCAUAACUCUUUGGCGGGCUACAAAGUGGAGGCCAAUAAGCCGGGCCAGGAUAAAGUCUUUCAAAUAUUUAUGCAAACCAUGAGCAAUGAUCCCGACGUUCGAGAAAUAUCCCCGGAAUACAGGCAAUGUCGUUUCCCCGACGAACUGAUCAAAGACACCGCAUACAAAGCCUACAGCUUUAGCACUUGUUUCGUUGACUGCCACCGAGUCCACCAAAUGAAGGAAUGUAACUGCUCGGUGUUCAACUUUCUGCCCGAACCCAUAAGCAAGUACCCCGACUGUGACCUGAAGGGUCUACUCUGUCUCGAGGACUACACUUUGGUCAGACCGGAUGCCAGAAACUUACUGCCCUGGACCGACAGCAAGUACUCCUGUGAAUGCUUGCCGUCGUGCACAGAAAGCGACUUCCGAGUCGUGUUUGACCACCAAUUGCCCUAUAACAAAUCCAACCAGCAUAUGACCAUAUCUGUAACAAUGCCAGAAUUUGCAACCGAGCGUUAUCGACGCCAGGCCUUGCGCACACGUCUAGACGUGGUCGUCACAAUUGGCGGCAUCUUGGGUUUGUUUCUAGGGGCCAGCAUUUUAAGUGGCAUUGAGUUUGUCUACUAUUUUACGCUUCGCUUAUGGAACAAUUACCGAAUGAGUCGCCAAAGUCAUCGGAACUUAUAA